UCACCAUGAAAAAACAUUGCUGUGCAUAACUAACGAUGAGAAAUUAUUAUAGUAUAUAUUUUCUUAUGAUUUUUUUUCAUUCGGAUGACUUAAGUAUAUAAACUAACGUUUCACAAAACAGUCUCAUUGUUUUACGGACAGUGGACUGAUAUACAAAUUCUACUUUCAGUAAACGUAUUGUGCAAAAAUAAUGUUACUAUUCAUUUUGAUCGUAAUGCUUGUUGUGGUGUAUAUGACGAAGACUGUCAUCAAGCCGAAAAACUAUCCACCAGGUCCGCAAUGGUAUCCGUUUUUUGGUUGUAACAAUAUUAUCCAUGCAAAAGCUAUUAAGUUCGGGUCUCAAUAUAAAGCAUUGCAGGAGAUGGCCAAAGAAUAUAGGACUCAGGUACUUGGCUUAAAAAUGGGGAGUGACAUGGUGGUAGCAGUGUUUGGUGAAAAAAAUAUACGAUUUGUGUGCAACGAUUUGAAUUUCGAUGCUCGGCCAGAGAGUUUUUUUAUAAAGUUGAGAACUUUUGGAAAAAAAUGCGGAAUAACAUUUGUAGACGGUCCUCUUUGGCGUGAGCACAGACAGUUUGUUAUGAAAUGUUUAAGAAAAGAAGGUUUUGCUAAAGAAGUUAUGGAGUCUGAUAUUCAAGCAAAAACUGAGAAAAUUUUAGAGAUUUUAAAAAAUUCCAAUGGAACCCCUGUUAAUAUUAGAUUUCUCGUUGCAAUGGCUGUCACAAAUAUUUUAUGGAAGUACGUUGCAGGCGAGCAUCUUAGAGAAACGCAGUUACAUAAGUUUAUUUUGCUUAUGAGCAAACGCUCCGAAGUAUUUACUAUGGCUGGCGGCUGGCUUAACCAAUGGCCUUGGCUUAGGUUUAUAGCACCAAAUUGGUCAGGAUUUUCAAUAAUACAGAAAAUGAAUUCGGAAAUGUUUGAAAUAAUUCAGGAAUCCAUAAGAAAACACAGAGAAGGAAAAGUGAAAGGAUCGGACUAUAUUUACAAAUUUAUGAAUGAAAUGUACAGGGAGUCUUUUACCGAAGACCAACUGAGAGGUGUUCUCGUGGAUUUUCUCAUAGCUAGUACUCAAACUACGGGCAGUAUCAUAGGGUUUGCGAUUAUAUCAUUAAUACGAAAUAAGGACAUAUAUGAUAAAAUAUACAAUGAAAUUAACAUGAUAUUAGGUAAAAAUCCCCCAAAUUCAAAGGAUUGCACACGACUCGUUUAUACAUCCGCUUUUCUGUAUGAAAUCUUGAGAAAGUUUACAAUAGCACCAUUUUCGGGGCCUAGAAGGACAUUAAAAGACACCAUCAUAGACGGGUACAAUAUUCCGAAAGGAACUACAAUACUCAUAUCACUAGAUGAUUUGCACUCAAGUUCGGAAAUAUGGAAUGAUCCCGAACAACUAAUACCAGAGAGAUUUAUUGACGAAAACGGAGCCUUAAAAAACACAAACAAAGUUUAUCCAUUUGGUUUGGGUCGCAGAGCUUGUCCAGGAGAGCCACUAUCCAAGUCAUUUAUAUUUAUUUUUAUAGUGUCUAUCAUACAAAAGUACAAAAUAGAAUGUAGUGAUGGAGAAAUGCCUUCUGAUGAACCCAUUAUUGGAAUACUUACCGAACCCAAACCAUUUACAGCAAGAUUUAUAGAAAGACCCGAUGCAUGAUGGUCUUUAAAGUUUCAUAUGCAAAAGAAAUUAAUUUACCAAGUUAAGAAUUGGAGAAUUCAUAGGAACUGAAUGACUUGAAGUACUGUAUUUUAUGCAUGUAUAUCAAGGCAGGUGUUGGGUUUGCGAGUUUGGGGUUUGAUUAUUUAGAAAGCCAAAGAACAUGAAAAUAUUUGUUUUAAGUUAUUUGGAACGGUAUUAAGAUUUUCAUUAUUCCAUCCCAUCAAAAUUUGAGAUACUGGGUGGAAU